AUGCAUAAAUUUGUUCACAGUAUUCAUACUUCCAACCGGGCUGCUGCUCGGUUGAAUACGAUUUUUAUUUCUCGUCAUUCAUUCCUCAAAUACUUUUCAACCGAUAUUACUCAACCCGCCACUAUUGUCGAUACGAUCCCUGCUACCUUGAUUACCACUAAAAAACCUGCAAUCCAAAUAGUUAAUCCUUAUGUAAAUCCUGACACUGGAUCACCUUUGAAAACUGAUGAAAUGCCCAUUCAAUUUCGUCAUUUGAUUGCUAGUAUUUCUAAAAACAAAAUGGAAGAUGCGCUUGUUCAAUUCGCAGCCAUCGAGCAGUCUGAUCCUCUCAUGCUCCAUGCAUUGACUGUUUCUGGAUUCAAUGCUCUUAUUCGUGCUGUUUCUGAUCCCACUCGUAGAUUUUUCAAAAACUAUACGUACGAGCAGCGAGUUGUCCACUCUCGUAAGAUACUUGAUAGUCUCGAAUCAAGCGGUAAAAAACCCAAUAUCAAAACAUUUGAACAUCUAAUAUCCCUCUACACCAAAACUGAGGAUAUCGAGUCCAUCAAGCAUUUGCUUUCCUGGAUGAAGGCUCGUAUCAUCAAUGCCAAAAACAGCAAGCCCAUGCUUCAAUGUCUGAUUCACGCCAACACUGGUGCUGGGAAUCUUCGUCAUGCUAUGGAAUACUUUCAUAAACUACGACAACUGGAACUCAACAGUGUAGAUCCAUUCAAUGUGCUCAUGCGUUCUCAAGCCCACUAUAAUCAGGAGGACAAUCUUAAACAGACAUACGCUCUGAUUCAAGAUUCUGGGUGUACUCCUACAGUAAGCACGUUCGAGAUCAUGUCCAGUUUUUACUUUGCCAAGCGAGAUUACCCAACCGUCUUGAAAUAUAUAGACUUGUGUAAGCAGCAAUGCAAACCUGCUACUGGACAUGCUCCAGGAAAACUGUCUGUAUCCAUGUACUACAUGCUCGCAUUCAUUCUCAACAACCAAGGCGCCUUUAAAGAAGCACACAAGGCCAUUACCGACAUGAAGUCAUUUGACAUGAAGCUGACCAAGCAAUUAAUGGUUGAAAAUAUAUUUGCUCAGGCAUUUCAGUGUCCAUCUGGUCAUGUGGAUGGAACGAAACGUAUCUGGAUGGAAUAUGUCAAGCUUCCCGACAUUUUACAAUCGCAUGGUCGUAUCCUCAAAGCAAUGGCUCACUUAUUUGGUCCCAUGUCUUCACCAGAAGAUCUUGCUACACUUGAAAAGCUGUGCAUGGAAAGCGGUAUUGGAUACUCUACAAUGCUGACGUGUCUUGUUAGUGGAUACACAUCGAUCGACGAUAUGAACACUGCUCGCAUGAUUCUUUCUCAUUUAGAGUCACUAGAGAAACCCGCUUCACCUCAACUCCAUAGUCGUGUUGUUCAAGCGUAUGCUAGAAUAGGCAAUAUUUCUGAAGCUAUUUCAUAUAUUCAAACUUUAAAUAAGAUGGACAUUGCAGUACAUCCAACCACUCUGUACUAUGCUCUUGGUAAAGCUCUGCGUGUUCAACCCGAUCUAGCUGGGCAAUUAGAAACCAUGAUUUUAGAAAUGAUUCCAGAAAUGACCAAGGAGCAUAUGUACAAGCGUGCGGGUUGGUCAGAUAAAAAGAAUACAUCUGAAGUCGAGGAAACUUUGGAAUAA